AUGCGUUUCUCCAUCGCUGCUCUUGUUGUCGCCACUGGCGCCGUGGCCUCCAGCGUCACCACUGAGGUUGUCACUGCUUACACCACCUACUGCCCCGAGGCCACCUCCAUCGUCCACGGCAGCCAGACCUACAGCAUCGCCACUCCCGGUCACAUCACCAUGACCAACGGCCCCUACACUGUGACCCGUCCCAUCCAGACCUCUACCGUGACUCAGUGCCAGAGCUGCUCCACUGCCGUUCCCCAAGUCAGCGCCAGCAGCGUCCCCGUCAUCCCCGUGGCUCCUUCCGGCGCUGCCUCCACCCCUCUGGUUCCCAACGCCGACGCCACCGGCUCCGCGGGUGCCUCUGGUACCCCCGUGCCCUCCAUGCCCGCCUUCAACGCCGGUGCCGCGAACGCCGCCGCCGGUGCUGGUGCCGGUCUGGCUGCUGUCUUCGGUGCCGUCGCCCUUCUGCUGUAA